AUGUGUGAAAAAACUUCUUUUGAACUUAUUAAUGAAAGUUUCGUUGAUUGGUUUUGUGCUAAUGGAGGUAUAAUUUCACCAAAAAUUGCAUUCAAAGACUAUUCAAACGAAAAUGCAGGACGUGGAAUGAUGGCAGUCGAGGAAAUUGGGAGUGACGAAGUUCUUUUUGAGAUUCCCCGUUCAAUACUUUUAUCUCCAAAAACUUCUUUACUUAAAAAUGAAGUUUCUACAGAAGAAUAUAAAAAACUUUAUAAAAUUAAUCAUUGGUUCCCACUUAUAUUAUGUAUGAUGUACGAGUCACAAAAAGAAAAUUCCCUAUGGAAACCUUACUUUGACAUUUUACCAAAACAAUUUGAAACACCAAUGUUUUGGACAGAAGAAGAAUUGACUGAAUUACAGGGAACAGGUGUUAUAGAUAAGAUUGGAAAAGCAGAUUCGGAAAAGGGGUUUUAUGAACAUUUACUCCCAAUAAUUCAAUCAAAACCAAAUGUUUUCAAACCAGAUGUUCACAAUAUAAAUUUGUUUCAUCAAAUUGGGUCACUUAUUAUGUCCAAUGCUUUUAAUGAAGAGAAUG